AAGAAAUCUAGGGUAUCUUAAAGAUCCCUGGCAUUUCAUUUCCAUUAGAGAGAGAAAGAGAUGGCUUUGUUUUCCAUGCACAAUCCACUGGUUUUUACCCUGGGCAUUUUAGGCAACCUUGUCUCCUUCAUGGUAUAUCUUGCACCUGUGCCAACAUUUUACAGGGUUUACAAGAAAAAAUCAACAGAAGGGUUUCAUUCAGUCCCAUAUGUGAUUGCAUUAUUCAGUUCCAUGGUGUGGAUAUAUUAUGCAUGGGUUAAAUCCAACGAAUUCCUCCUCAUCACUAUCAAUUCCGUCGGGUGUAUCACGGAGUCUAUUUAUGUUGCUAUUUACAUCGUUUAUGCGCAUAAGAAAGCAAGGAUACUGACUUUGAAGCUUCUGCUGCUAUUGAACUUCGGCGGAUUCGGGUUGAUUCUUAUUCUCUCCCACUUCCUUAUGCAGCUUCCUAAUAUAUUGGGUCUGAUAUUUGGGGUACUCCAAAUGAUAUUGUAUGCGAUAUACAAGAGAGAUGCACAAGAUCACAAACUACCAACCCAUGUCAACCCUAACAUAAUAGCUUCUUCUGAUCAGAUACAUCCAGUUUCCACUCUACCCUUACCAAUUCCUCUGGAGAACAAAGAUGAAAAUGCUGAUGAUGGUAUAGUCGAACUUAGGAUGGUAUAGUCGAACCCUAAGUUCGACUCAAGUACUGGACAGUGUAAUAAAUAAGAUUUUAAUUAACUGUUUUUUCUCGUUAUUAAUUGAGGUUAUGCAUGUUCAACUCAAGUACUGGACAGUAUAAACUUAACUGACUGUUCUUCUUGACUCCAUAUGAAAGAGAGAAGUGCAAAUACUUAUCAAGUGCAUGCAUAAUCAUAUAUGUGAAUUACUUUUCAAGAUUUGCUUGUAAAU